AUGUACAAGUUCCUGCUUGUUGCUGUUCUGCUGCCAGCCCUUGCACUGGCACUAACCCCCGUUCGACAGUGUCCCAACGGAGCUGGCCUCCCGGCUACGGUUGACAUUAAUGGAUGCACCGGAACUCCUUGCCCGAUCCAGAAUAACGCUCCGAUUAUCGCUCACGGCUGGGAUAUUGUCAGCCCAGUCGACACCACUACCUUGACGGCCUACAUCAGCGUACGCUUGCUUGGAUUGGAAGUUCCUUUCCCGAUCCCGGAGGAACUGGUCGAUGCCUGCGUGGCCGGAACCGCACCUGGCACCUGCCCGGUAUCUGCAGGGCAGGUCUUCGACUACACCCUGGACCAUCCCGGUAUGGAGCUACCGGUGGUCGGAGUUACCGUUCAGGUGGAAGUCGGUCUUACUGCUGCCGACGGUUCGGAUGUCACCUGUGUAGCUUUCGAUGCACAGAUCUUGCCCUAA